AUGAAUGUAUCCGAAAGCUUCAAAAAGGAAUAUGCAAUGGUACUAUUACAGCUCAAAGAAGCUAGUGAUCAGGUUGCUUCUGCUCUUGCAAAUUUGAGGCGACGCAACACAUACCCAAAGAAAAGAGGGAUUUUGAGGACGAAUAAUCGACUUCCUCUGCAUUGUCCUUCCUAUUACUUUGGUUUGUACAGUAAAAAGAAAAAAACUGUGAAGAAAGAUACUUCUUCUGAUGACAGUUCUGAUAUGCGAGUAAAAAAACGCCGUGGAUCAACUAUCAGGGAGAAAUUGAGGAGGGACUGUCACCUACAUUCUGAAGGAGAAGGAGAAGCAAAAAGAGCUUCAAUUACUUACUGCAUAACCUACAUUCUAAAUUGCAUCACCAAGCAUUCACCUCAGUACAUAAUUCUAAUGGUGGGGCGUAUAUUGAGAGGGAUUGCCACCUCUCUCCUCUUUUUAGCCUUCGAAUCAUGGCUUGUUGCUGAACACAACAAGAGAGGUUUUGAGCAACAAUGGCUAUCAACUACAUUCUCCAAGGCAAUAUUUCUUGGGAAUGGACUGGUUGCCAUUUUAGCUGGUUUAUUUGGAAAUCUUUUAGUUGGUUCAUUGGCCAUGGGACCUGUUGCUCCAUUUGAUGCAGCUUCAAUCUUUCUUGCCAUUGGAAUGGCCAUCAUCAUAUCAUCAUGGACUGAAAAUUAUGGUGACUCAUCAAAAAGCAAAGAUCUAAUGACCCAAUUCAGGGGUGCUGCUGUUGCAAUUGCAUCAGAUGAAAAGAUAGCAUUAUUGGGUGCAAUACAAUCUUUAUUCGAGGGUUCAAUGUACACUUUUGUGUUUCUAUGGACACCUGCUUUAAGCCCAAAUGGAAUUUUGACAUUAACAUACAUGCGCACAUUUCUUUUAGUGUAGAUUUUGUCGAAGAGAAAUGAAAACAAAGAAGAUAAGUAUCUCUUGUUGUUUAUAUAUAUACACUUUUUCUUCAUGUUUAAUAACUUAAAAACUAUAUAAAUGUGAAAAUUGAAGGUUCACACACUGUUAAAAGGAUUGAAAAAGAUAAUUGCAAGUUCAGAUAUUCCAAUGUUCGUCUGUGGUGACUUCAAUUCAGUUCCAGGAAGGUAAGGACUUGAUGAAUAUAAGUUAGCAAUGUUUUACUUGAUUUGGAC